CCCUGGAGCGUGCUGAUCCCUGCUUUUUGUCCUUCCAGGGAUAGCGUGCCGAUGCCCUCGCUGUCGCGAUGGGCUCUGUUUCCCCGACCGGCCAUGUGCCACUGCAUAGCCGUAAAGGACUGAGGCACAGGAUGGUGCCCCGACUGACGGGCGACAAAGUGGCUAAGGAGAGCCAGCCGCUCAAUGACCUGGCCUCCUCUACUCCCGCCCACCGCAAUGAUGUCGAGUCGGGCGGAGAGGGCGACUGGACGGCCGACGAGGAGGUGAUGGUGGUGGAUAAGGAGCCGCUGCUACCCCGGCGGCUCAGUGUGGAUGGUGCCAAGGGUGACAGGGCUGGCGCUGCUGCGGGUGACACCCCAGAGUCCAUCUGGUCGGUGGCCGUGCAGGUGUUUGUGCCAUUCCUCAUUGCUGGGUUCGGUACGGUCGGUGCUGGACUGGUGCUGGAUGUCAUCCAGCACUGGAAGGUGUUCCAGAAGGUGUCCGAGCUGUUCAUCCUUGUGCCGGCACUACUGGGGCUCAAGGGAAACCUGGAGAUGACGCUGGCCUCGCGCCUCUCCACUCAGGCAAACUUGGGAAAAAUGGACACUGCAGCCGAGCAGUGGAGGAUGGCCACGGGGAACCUAGCAUUGCUCCAGGUAGGUGCACCCUUACCCGUGCUGCCUGCAUUGUCUGAAAAGUAGUUGCUCUCGGGUACUAGGCAUAAACACCAGUGAGU